AUGACAAGAAUUCAAAAGCUUAAACAGUCACCGUUCAAGGGGAUGUUUAAAUUGCAGUAAAGGCAACAAAAUGAUUCUUUCCACAUACGCGAGUGAGGCUUCAACAGACUGUCGGUCACUGCACCCGCAGAUCAUUGACAAUUUGGACUAAUGUGAUCACAAGUGCCCGUUCACCCAAGAUUACAAGGCACAAUGUGACAAACGGAUCCAUUCCAUUCUGGGACAUGGAUGAUAUUGUGGACCAUACCAUCCAAUCUGUGUUUUGCUGCUGCUGCUGUUCUGUUCAAAAGCGUGCAGUCACAACUCAGAUGAGCUUGGAGGACAAUGAUCUCAUGGAUGAAUAUCCCCUGAAUGAUCGCCAGCCAUCGUAUCCUUCAAACGUUUACCGAGUAAACAGGACGGUAGGGGUCCCAUCAAGAAGGAAGCCACCGCCACCUCCUCCUGCUGAUGAUGAGGAUGGCGGGGAGACCACUGUGAUCGCUCUCUAUGACUUCUGUGCCCAGGAGCCCACUGAUCUGAGUGUCAGGAGGUACGAAGAAUACACUAUACUUCAGAAACAUGACCCUCAUUGGUGGAAGGCAAGAGACAAGAAUGGAAACGAAGGAUUCAUUCCAAGCAACUAUGUGACUGAGAAGAAAGCUAAUAAUAUAGAGGCAUUUGAGUGGUAUUGUAAAAAUAUCACAAGAAGCAAAGCAGAGCAGCUUCUUCGGCAAGAGGGUAAGGAAGGGGCCUUUAUUGUCAGAGACUCCAGCCAGCCUGGAAUUUAUACUGUAUCUGUUUUCACCAAAGCUGGAGGAGAUCAAAAUGGAUCAGUCAGACAUUACCACAUUAAACAGACACAAACAUCACAUAGGCAGUACUAUGUGGCGGAGAAACACCUGUUUGAUACAAUUCCUGAGCUCAUUGAAUAUCAUGAACACAAUGCAGCAGGCCUCAUCACAAGAUUCCGAUAUCCUGUUGGAUUAAUGGGAAUGUGCAUUCCUGCUACAGCUGGCUUCAGCUAUGAAAAAUGGGAGAUCAACACAUCAGAGCUGACUUUUAUGAAGGAACUGGGCAGUGGACAAUUUGGGAUGGUGCGUCUAGGAAAAUGGAGAGCUACGCAUAAAGUAGCAAUCAAAACCAUUUUUGAAGGUGCCAUGUCAGAAGAGGAUUUCAUUGAGGAAGCUAAGGUUAUGAUGAGAUUAUCUCACCCAAAUCUGGUUCAACUUUAUGGGGUCUGCACACAACAAAAGCCAAUUUGUAUAGUUACUGAGUUCAUGGAAAAUGGCUGCCUACUCAAUUAUAUGAGACAGAGACAAGGCCGGCUGAACAAAGAUGCCUUACUAGGUAUUUGUGAGGAUGUGUGUGAAGGGAUGGCAUAUCUUGAGAGGAACCAUUUCAUUCACCGAGACCUGGCUGCCAGAAACUGCUUGGUCAGUGACAAGAAUGUGGUCAAGGUAUCUGAUUUUGGAAUGGCCAGGUAUGUCCUUGAUGAUGAAUACACCAGCUCCACAGGCUGCAAGUUUCCUGUGAAAUGGUCACCACCUGAGGUCUUCCACUUUUCUAAAUUCAGCAGUAAAUCAGAUGUCUGGUCAUUUGGUGUUUUUAUGUGGGAAGUUUAUACUGAAGGUAGAAUACCCUUUGAGAAUAAAUCAAACACUGAGGUCGUUAAUGAGAUUUCACGAGGACAACGGCUUUACCGGCCAUCCCUUGCAUCAACUAUUGUGUAUCAGAUCAUGUACAGCUGCUGGCAUGAGAAACCAGAUGGGCGACCAAGCUUUCAUGAGUUAUUGGACUUAAUCAAAGAAGUUGCAUUGAACGAUCAUAAGUAAAUAGCCUUCGCACAUGCUCAAAAUGCUGGAUUUGAAUGAUAAGAUACUGAAAAUCCUCAGGAAAUUGUCCAAGCAAGUGCUGCAUCUGUUGGUGUUUUAUCGGCAACAUUCUGCAACAAAAAUCAAGUGCUUUGAAUCUCAGAAGAUUAUUUUUGAUUUUCCUGUCAGAUCAACCAGCAUUCAAGUGCAAUAUUAACAAAAGUUUCAGAAUAAGUUACAAGAAAAUCCCAAGUUGAACUGUAUUAAGUGUGUUAUUUUUGUUUAUAAUACUAUAUUUUUUUAGAAACAUACAGUAUGCCUAAGGGAUGCAUCAGACAUAUGGUAUAAAUGCUCUUUGUAAGUUAUAUUUAUGUUCACAUUUGCAUGGUUAUAUUAUGUUGUGCUGUUAUGUUUACUUAACUAAGUUUUGAAAUGCGCACCAGAGUGACUUUUUAAAAAUAACUCAGUUACUAUUGGGGUCACAUAGUUGCCAAAGAGUUUAUGUAGAUAAAGCUGGACUUUACUGAAUUUAAUAAAAUUAUUUUUAGAUAUAAUUACCGUGAUAACUUAAAAUCAUGAAGAAACAGACAUGAGGAAGGUACAUGAAAAUUAAUAGUGCAGGAAGCCUCAUUUGGAAAAAUUCGAGUUUGCGCUGUUCCUUCCAGCUAACACCAGUAAAGUGGUGUAAUCAUUAAUAUUAAUAAGGAACAACCGAAAUAUGUUCACCGCAUCCAAUCAAAGAAAAGCUUUAAAACAUUCAUUAGUUAAAAGGGAAAUUUUUCAGAUAAAACAAAUAAAAACAUGGUUAUAUUAAGAUAGAUUAAUUUGGGUCUGUGCACAAUGAUUUUGAUAUCCUUUUGGUGAUUAGUGAGCAUUUUAGGACUGAAAUGAACUUGUUUCACUGAUAGGGUCAUAACUGUAGCAUAAGUUUAUGAAGCAACAAACCAUCUGCUGAAGGAACUCAAUGGGUCGAGCAGCAUCUGUGGGGGAAAAGGAAUUGUUGACAUUUUGGAUCCUGAUGUAGUACUUCAACCCAAAGCAUUAACAUUUCUGGCCUUUCCAUAUAUGUUUGCUGCAUGGCCCACUGAGUUUCUCCAGUAGUUUGCUUGUUGCUCCUGAUUCCAGCAUCUAAUGUCUCUCAAGUCGUAAACUUAUGGUCUGGACCUUACAAGGAAAUGGUGGCAUUUAUCUGUAUAAAUGCCAGUAAGCUUAGGUUUUCCACAUGUGUUCAUAAAUCCAGAUGACUGAAGUUUGCUACAAGACAAAUGCUAUCACCUCCCCAACAAUGAUCUGAAACUGGACUUGCAGCAAUAUCCAGCAAGGCAGCUUGAACUUGCAGCAAUUCCCCAGCACUAUUACUAAGAAAUCCACUUGAAGAAAUGGAGGCCAGAGAGGCUGAGGUGGUAAAAUUUUGAUAAGUUUCAAUUAUAUUUUUAAAGACACUUCCAAGCAUUCGGUCCUUUUAGAAUGUUUAUGACAGUUACAUUUAAUAGCUUGAUGAAUAUUUUCUCAUUUUCAGAAUUAUUCAGAAACAUUUAUAUCCUUUUAAAUCCAAUGCACAUAGCAAUGUUAGCUACUGGGCAGUAUGAUUGAAAUCACCAGUCUGGUAGUUGUAACCAUUUCUGGGCUUGAUGGCAUCCAAGCACUUCUUAGGCACAAGAGAGUUUGCAGAUGCUGGAAAUCUUGAGCAAAACAUACAAGGUUCUGGAGGAACUCAACAAGUCAGGCAGCAUCUACAGAGGGGAAUAAACAAUCAAUCUUUUUGGUCAAGACCCUUCAACAGGACUGGAAAGGAAGGGGGCAGAAGCAGACUAAGAUGGGGGAGGGGAGGUGGUACAAGGGUCUUCCAUGUCAGGGACACUCAUAAGGCAGAGGUUACUGUCGACCAUGUUAUCUUAAGGUGUCUGUCACAGGGCAUCCCCAGCAGGGCAUGAGCAUAUUCCUCCACUCUUACAGAGGGUGCUGGAAUCUCUAGAAUUCACUACCCCAUUGAGCUGGGGAGAUUAGAUCAUUCAAAGUAUUUAAAGAGAGUAAAUAUAGUUCAGAGGAUUGAGGGCAAUGAGGAACUAGCACAAAAGAGGAGUUGAGGCCAGUAUAGACCAGCAAUUAUCAUAUUGAAUGGUGAGACAGGUGACCUACUCCUUCCCUAAAGCAUCAUGCCUUCUCAUCUGAACGGCAUCCUCGAAUUUCCUGUAUGCUUUUUGACACCCGAAUCUUUGUUGCCUCUCCUAUUGCCCUCUUCCCUUAUACUGGGGGCCACACUUAAUCCCACACCCAUCCUGAUUUCGACACUCCUGAUCUCCAACCUGCCUUGCAUUUCCUCACAAAAUGCAGACCAAAAUGUGAACUUCCCUAGUCUUCAUUUCCUUUCUGAUGCCAUUCCUGAUAAGGGUGCAUUAUAGCAGCGUUAGAAACAACAGCAGAUAUGAGACAUUCAGCCCUUUAAACCCAGUCUACCACUUGUCAAUUUCAUAUCUGAUCAAAUACUACUUUUCCCAGUUCCCUUGAUCCCCUUAACAUCCAGAAUUGUAUAGAUCCCUGGUUUGAACAAUUCCAUAACUGAGACUCCACAGCCCUUCUACAACUCAAACAAUUCACCACUUUCUAAGUGGAGAAACUCCAAAUUGGUCCUAAUUGACCAUCAUCUAUACUGAGACUGCGAUCUAUGAUGCUAAACAUCCUUCUUGCUUCCGAGCCUGUUGAGCCCUUCUGUAGUGUUCACUGAGAUUACCGCUUAUUCUGGAAAUAUUCUACCGAAUACAGGCCUGGUCUAUUCAAUCCCUCUUUGUAUGGUGACCCACUAUCACUGGAACCAGGCCUGUGAGGUUUCACCAUAAUCCCUUUAUGGCAAAUCUAUCGUCUUUUGUGUGAGAGAACCAAACUAGACACAAUGUGGUCUCAUUUGGACCCAAUCUAACUUCUGUAAGGCUGUUUGUAUUCAAGUUGUCUUGCAAUGAAAAGUAACACAACAUUUGCCCAGGCAACACACACAAAAUGCUGGGGAUCCCAGCAGGCCAUACAGCAUCUAUGGAAAAGAGUGAACAGUGAACAGUUUGGGCCAAAACCCUUCAUCAGGACUGAUCAGGACAACAUUUGCCCUCCUGAUUGCUUACUAAAUUUUCAGGGACUUUUGCAGAAGAGCACCCAGAUCACUUUGAAUAUCAAUCAUUCAGAGUAAGAUUCUACUUCCUUAAACAAUGCUAGCCAGCCCCAUCUUGAGGCACACACUACCAAAUGCUUGUAUGUCUAUGAAGGCUCAUAGUCAUCCAGGUCACUGUAUAUAAAGCAGUAGUAAAUCAAGGCAAUUGGACUUGCUGUGUUGUCUAGAAAACAUUUCACCACUCAUCCGAGAGACU